CGGGACUGCCGUUCCUAUGGCCCCAACAGCUCCUGGCGCUGCAAAGUCUGCACCAAGGAGGCUGAGCUGAAGAAGACGACGGGCGACUGGUUCUACGACCAGAGGGUCAACCGCUUUGCCAACCGUCUGGGCAGCGACAUGGUGCGGCUGUCCCUGCGGCACAGGUCGGCAGCCAGCAAAAGAGAGACUGUGGGACAAACCCUCCUCCAGAAAGCCCAGCUCGGCGAGCCCAAAAGCUCCUCCGCAACCCGGCAGCAGAGCCCCCCGGCACCCCGGGAGGGGUCCAGUUUGUUUCUGGAUGCCUCAGACCCUCGGGAUGGUAAAAGUGACACAGAGUCCAUGGAAAACAUGAGCCUGGAUGGCUACAGACCUAGUCCUGGUGGCGUGGGGGGCAGGAGUAACUCCCUGGAGAGAGCCGCCCCUCUCAGAGAUGGAAAACAGGUUGCUGCGCCAGCAGGACCUGCUGCCUCCAGCCUGACCCUCCCUCUUCGCUCCAAAAACGUGUUCUCCGACGGACGGGAUGCUGCUGUGGGGAGCCGCAGCAAUGCCUUGGUGGACGAGCAUGAAACAAUAUUCAAGAAGAAUCCCCGACGGGUGAGCACGCUGGGGAGCAUGGUCAGCAUUUACAGUGAGGCCGGUGACUUCGGCAACGUUGUGGUCACCGGGGGAAUCUCCUUCUCCCUGAGCUACGAGCAGAAGAUGCAGACCUUGUUCAUUCACGUGAAGGAGUGUCGCCAGCUGGCCUACGGGGAUGAGGGCAAGAAGCGCUCCAACCCGUACGUGAAGACCUACCUCCUGCCCGACAAAUCCCGGCAAGGGAAACGCAAGACGACCAUCAAACGCAACACCGUCAACCCCCUGUACAAUGAGCUGCUGAAGUACGAGAUUAACAAGUCCCUCCUGGUUGCAAGGACGCUGCAGUUCUCGGUCUGGCACCACGAUCGCUUUGGCCGAAACACGUUCCUGGGGGAAGUGGAGGUCCCACUGGACGUCUGGAACUUCGAGAGCCACCUGGAGGAGUUUCUGCCCCUGCACGGCAAGAUUGGGGCGGAUGCUGCUGGUCUCCACCAGUACAAGGGGGAGCUGGUCGUCUCCAUGAAGUACAUCCCGUCUUCUAAGCACCCUGGGGCUGGGAACAGCAGGAAGGGCAAAAUGGGGGAAGGUGGUGAGCUCCAGGUCUGGAUCAAAGAAGCCAAGAACCUCACAGCUGCCAAAUCCGGGGGGACCUCAGACAGCUUUGUCAAGGGCUAUCUCUUGCCACACAAAAACAAAGCCUCCAAGAGGAAGACGCCUGUGGUGAAGAAGACCCUGAACCCUCAUUACAACCACACCUUUGUCUACAACGGUGUCAACCCCGAGGACCUGCAGCACAUCUGCCUGGAGCUGACGGUCUGGGACCGGGAGCCACUGUCCAGCAACGACUUCCUCGGGGGUGUCCGUCUGGGGGUGGGCAACGGCAUGAGCAACGGGCAGGCUGUGGACUGGAUGGACUCCACGGGUGAGGAGCUGAACCUGUGGCAGAAGAUGCGCCAGUACCCAGGCUCGUGGGCGGAGGGGACGCUCCAGCUCCGCUCCACUAUGGCCAAGCUGAGGCCGUAGGCUGCGGCACCGGCACCAGGACUCAGCCGAGGGCUGGCACCGCUGCUCGAGAGCUGCACUCGCAGCACAGCCUGGCAGGGCUGCCCAAACGUGGGGUUUUUUUUGCUUAUACUUUAAUAAACAUGGCCUUCUCUAAAC